CCUUUUCUUAGAAUUUGUUCCCGUGGCAGCAUCAAUGAGGUGGUGGCAACAAUGUCGUGUUAGAAUAAGGUCGCUCUGGCCUCUCCCUAUCUCGACGACGUCCCAUCCAGUGGCACCGAAGGGCAUGUGGGAGUUUGUGUCUCUAGAUAUUUUGGCUUUCUUCGGAUCUUGACAGUUGAUGUGCCUAUCGAGGAGAACAAUUUGCUGGCUUUGGUUGAUGUGACUUCGACAUCUUCUUCCAUGUUGUUCCCGGGCAUGGUGAUGGAUUGAUGCUUGAACAAAUGUUUGUUCGGUGACUUCUAGAUCUCGUUUCAAGCGUUGAGCAACUAUUGUGGUCUUUAAAGCCGGGUACAAUGAGGGCAUUCGUAUCUGUCCAUUUCCUUUACUGUUGGUAAGGUGUAAUUUUUAAUCUCCGGCUGGUGACAAUCAAUGGCAAGAACAACAUAAAAUAGUAUGAUUUUCAAUGUAGUUUUAUGUUUUACUUGUCGUGAUGUAUCUGGUUGUCUCUUUAUUGUACCGAUCAUUUUUCUUUUUCAUUGGUUAUUAUGACGUCUCUUAAAAAAACAAUCACAAUUUUUUUCCACGACUUCCUCUGAAAAAAAUUAGAAAGAUAAGAUUCCCUAAAAAGGAGGACCUUCCUGCAAACCCGGAGGUAAAUGCAGAGCAACAGCCACCCACCUCCUCCUCACCGUCUUCCGUCCGUUCCCUGAGAUUCCUUCCCCCCACUCGCUCACCGUCUCCCCCAUUUCCUCCAAGAAUCAAGGAAGCGGCCAACCACCACGAACCAGCACCGGGAGGGAGACCUGCCGCCGCCGGGAAGAGAAGAGAAGAGAAUGCUGGAGGGCAAGGCGGUGGUGGAGGACACGGACAUGCCGGCGCGGAUGCAGGCGGCGGCGACGUCGGCCGCCUCCCGCGCGCUCGACCUCUUCGACGUCGACGACUGCCGCGCCAUCGCCGGCCACAUCAAGACGGAGUUCGACCGGCGGUACGGCGUGGGGUGGCAGUGCGUGGUGGGCGCCAGCUUCGGGUGCUUCUUCACCCACUCCAGCGGCACCUUCAUCUACUUCUCCCUCGAGCGCCUCACCUUCCUCCUCUUCAAGGCCGCCCCCGUCGCCUUCGCGACCUCCUGUGAUUCGUCGGCGGUAUCUUGAUCUGCUCCUGUCCAACCAACCCUGCAGAGUCUCAUUCGUUGGCGAUGACGGAUUGAGCGUCGAGAAGUGGAAGGGCAAGGCCUCGUUCAGAAUCAGAAUCAGAGUUCAUACCUGUAUGCUCUGCUGAACGCGAACCAUCCAGAUUUUGUACAUAGACCAUGCUCAGUAAAUUGCAGGGUGUUGCCAAUCUCCUUGAUGUUAUCUUUGUUCUAGAUUCUGCCGAUCUCAACUCGUGAAGAUGCCACAUUUCGUUCGUUUGAUCCUAACAUUCAGUUCAGUUUGUUCCGCCCGAAAUUAGGGAAUACAAUAUGUCUGUCCUCGAUCGCGAUUCAAAUCAGCCAAUGUGAAUGUGGUUGCCUCUGUAUUUUGUUUAAUAAUCAGUAGGUCCGUUGUGUCUGAUA